GAUUUCAUAAAAUUUCAGUUGUAAUAAGUUUAUAAGUAUUGUUUAUAAGUUUUGAAGAUAGAUUAGUUUAUAAUUUUGAUUGUUUUAAAAUGGAUAAAUUUCCACAAAAUAUAAUUGAACAAUAUUUAAAGACUUCAGUGAGAUUAAAAAAGUUCGAAAGAAUCGUAUUCAAACGAUUCGCACCAAACGUUUCAGAAGUUUUAAGCGAAUUUUCAAGCUUAGCCAAAAAAUUUGAAGAUGCUGGAAUUUACCAGUAUGCAGCGAUGUGUCACUUAGGAGUGGCAAAAUGCGAAAACUCAAAUGCUAACACAGUAAAUGAGUGUCAUGCAUAUUUAAGAGCAGCACGUUCAUUCCGUUUAGCGAUGAAUACAUCAGAAAAUCUGUCAUUCCGCACAAGCCAAAAUCAAUACAAUGAAGGAGCAAUUCGCUGCUAUACACAAGCAGUGCAACGUUGUCCAGAUGAUGUACUACGCUGUGCUAUAAUACGUGAAAUGAAACCUGCAUUUGAAGGUACAAGCAGUUUUUCAUCACCUGGGCAUCGUAUAUUUGAACUAGAACUCUCGGCUCAUGAGUGUUUACAAAAGAACGAUUUUAUGGAAGCGUUACAGCAAUUAGAAGAAAUCACAGAUGACAUAUAUGAACGCAAAAAACAAUUACUGUAUGAAGAUUUAUUAAAACGAGUUGAAAUAUUACGUUUACUGCUGAUUAUAGCAUUAAGAUUGCCACCGGCACGUCAGUCACCCUCACAUAUUAAAUUAACAGAGUAUUACUAUCAAUUGGGCAAUUUUGAACUUUUUGAAGAAGAAUCCAACAAUUGUAAUAAUUCCAUACAAGGUGCUUCUUUGUCAUUGGAUAUAAAAUAUGCACUUGGGGAAAUUGUAGUUUUAUCGUUUGAAGAUAAAAGAAGCGAAUUAAAACUAGCCUUGCAACAAUUUAUGUCAGAUUUUAGCUCGUUAAAUGCGGCGCACUGUUUUGUAAUAAACUCCAUAUGUAAUAAAAUUAAUUAAAUUUGUGAUGUAAACAUUUUUUGCUUUGUAAAGAAUUAGUACUAUAUUCAUAGUUUUGAAACCUACAUGCAAAACUGUAAAUAGCAAAUUUAUGUGCAGCUUUAGACACUUAAACGUGAAAAUGUAGAUCGUCAAUAAAGUCAAAAUUGUUUAAUUUAAGUAUCUAUCCUAUAUAUACUUUUAAAAUUAUUUAAA